AUGUCUGUUGUUGCAGAGCGGGACCUUGGAUUACCUGACCAAGAGCAAGAAGGUGGUAGGAUGGAUCAAGACGCUGGACAAAGUGUCUUGCAUGUGCUGCCAAUCCAUGAGGCUGUUGAUGACAUCGAUGGAACCACAGGAUUUCUGCGUUCACAGGCAGUCUCGAGAGCCAUUAUGGGGGAAGAGCCGGGGCAAGAGGAGAUAUGGCCCGAUACUGAGGAGAUCUGCACUCAUGUGGAAGAGGUCUGGCCUGAUAUCAAGGACAUCUGGCCUGAUGUCGAGGACAUCUGCCAUAAAGUCGAGGACAUCUACCCUGAUGAUGAAGAAACCUGGCCUGAUGUCGAGGACAUCUGGCCUCAUGUCGACGAAGUCUGGCCUUGUAUCAAGGACAUCUGGCCUGUUGUAGAGGACGGCUGGCCUGAUAUCGAGGAAAUGUGGCCUGUUGUACACGACAUCUGGCCUGAUAUCGAAGACAUCUGGCCUGAUGUCGAGGAAGGCUGGCAUCGCAUUGAGGACAUCUGGCCUGAUGUCGAGGAAGGCUGGCAUCGCAUUGAGGAAAUCUGGCCUGAUAUUGAGGACAUCUGGCCUGUUCUAGAGGAAGCCUGGCCUGAUGUUGAAGAGGACUGGUAUGUCUGGAAUGGCGACAAGAAGAUCGAAGUAGUUCAGGAGGAAGCUGAAGACGACCAGGACUACAAUAAUGAAGAAGAGGAGGAGGAGGAGGACAAUAAAGAUGACGACUAUGAAUAUGAGAAGAAAGGAGAAGAGGAGGUUGAGGAUCAGGGGAAGGAGAUCAUCCUGCAUGCUGUGAGUUUACCUAUGGGGCUUUAG